CGGAACCCAGCGCCGAGAGCGCCGCGCGGAGCCGAUCGCAGCACCGAGAGCGCACGCCGCGGCCGGGAUGGAGCGCUACAAAGCCCUGGAGCAGCUGCUGACAGAGCUGGAUGACUUCCUCAAGGUUCUAGACCAGGAGAACCUCAGCAGUGCAGCCGUGGUGAGGAAGAGUGGCCUGGCGGAGCUCCUGCGGCUUUACACCAAGAGCAGCAGUUCUGAUGAGGAAUAUAUUUACAUGAACAAAGUGUCAGUCAACAGGGAGCAGAACUCAGCAUCUCCACAUGAAGUGCCCAAGGAGCAGGGUCCACUGGCCAAUGGGGAGGCCAGCCAGCACUCCUCAGCCCCGCAGAAGAGUCUUCCAGAUCUUCCUCCACCCAAGAUGAUUCCAGAGCGGAAGCAGCUCACGGUUCCAAAGAUUGAGUCUCCUGAGGGCUACUAUGAAGAGGCGGAGCCAUAUGACACCUCCGUCAAUGAGGAUGGAGAGGCUGUGAGCAGCUCCUACGAGUCCUAUGAUGAAGAGGAGAACAGUAAAGGCAAGGCAGCCCCGUACCAGUGGCCUUCGCCUGAGGCCAGCAUUGAGCUGAUGCGCGACGCCCGCAUCUGUGCCUUCCUGUGGCGCAAGAAGUGGCUGGGCCAGUGGGCCAAGCAGCUCUGUGUGAUCAGGGACACCAGGCUCUUGUGUUACAAAUCAUCCAAAGAUCACAGCCCUCAGCUGGAUGUGAACUUGCUGGGCAGCAGCGUUGUGCACAAGGAGAAACAGGUACGGAAGAAAGAGCACAAGCUGAAGAUCACUCCGAUGAAUGCCGAUGUGAUUGUGCUGGGGCUGCAGAGCAAGGACCAAGCUGAGCAGUGGCUUCGGGUCAUCCAGGAGGUGAGUGGCCUGCCUUACGAAGGAGCCUCAGAGGGCAACCAGUACACACCAGAUGUUCAGCGCUUGAACUGUCAGAAACCAGAUAUAGCUGAGAAGUACGUGUCAGCUUCGGAAUACGGGAGCUCCGUUGAUAGCCACCCUGAGGUCCCAGAGACCAAAGACGUCAAGAAGAAAUGUUCUGCUGGCCUCAAACUGAGCAACCUAAUGAACCUGGGCAGGAAGAAAUCUACCUCACAGGAGCCCCCAGAAAGAUCCCUUGAGACAUCUAGCUACCUGAAUGUGCUGGUGAACAGCCAGUGGAAGUCACGUUGGUGUUUCGUUAGAGACAGCCACCUGCACUUCUACCAGGACCGGAACCGGAACAAGGCGGCCCAGCAGCCCCUCAGCUUGCUGGGCUGUGAAGUAGUUCCAGACCCCAGCCCGGACCACCUGUAUUCCUUCCGCAUCCUCCACAAUGGCGAGGAGCUGGCCAAGCUUGAGGCCAAGUCCUCGGAGGAGAUGGGCCACUGGCUAGGGCUCCUGCUUUCAGAGUCAGGCUCCAAGACAGACCCGGAAGAGUUCACCUACGACUAUGUGGAUGCUGAAAGGGUUUCCUGUAUUGUGAGUGCGGCCAAAACCUCUCUCUUACUGAUGCAGAGAAAGUUCUCAGAGCCCAACACAUACAUUGAUGGCCUGCCUAGCCGGGACGGCCCGGAAGAGCUGUACGAUGACGUGGAGAUGUCGGAGCUGACGGCAGUGGUAGAGCCUGCCGAGGAAGCAACCCCUGCUGUAGAUGCUAACUGUGAGAGUGAGCUUGACCGAGUGUACCUGGACCUCACGCCUGUCAAGUCCUUCCUGCACAGCCCCAGUGGGGUACAGGCACUGGCCUCUCUUCCAGCAUUACCACAGCUGGAUGACCUAGCUGAGACCCUCACAGUAGACCCAGGCCCAGGCCCCACCCCAGAUGAGCCACAUGCAGGGUCUCCAGAAAGCCUAGAGGAACAGCAGAGGCAGCUGGAGAGUCAGGAGCCCUCGGAGCCCUCGGAUCCCACGGAGCCCACCUUGAGAAUCACCACAGUUAAACUGCAGGCCGAGCAGCAGAGAAUCUCCUUCCCAGCCAACUGCCCUGACACCAUGGCUUCUAGCCCCACCAGUGCCAGCCCACCUGUGAAGGACAAGCUGAGGGUGACCAGUGCAGAGAUCAAACUUGGGAAGAACCGGACAGAGGCUGAGGUGAAGCGGUACACGGAGGAGAAGGAAAGGCUGGAGAGGAAGAAGGAGGAAAUCCGGGGGCACCUGGCUCAGCUCCGCAGAGAGAAGCGGGAACUCAAAGAGACGCUGCUAAGAUGCACAGAUAAGGGAGUCCUGGCCAGCCUGGAGCAGAAGCUGAAGAAAGUGGAGGAGGAGUGUCGGAUAGAGGAGGGCAGGCGUGUGGACCUUGAGCUCAGUAUCAUGGAGGUGAAGGACAACCUGAAGAAGGCUGAGGCUGGGCCUGUGACGCUGGGCACCACUGUGGACACCACCCACCUGGACAACAUGAGCCCUCGCCCACAGCCCAAAGCUGCCACCCCCAACCCCACUCCAGACUCCACCCCAGUCAACUCUGCAUCCGUGCUCAAGAACAGGCCUCUUUCAGUCAUGGUCACAGGCAAAGGCACGGUCCUGCAGAAAGCCAAGGAAUGGGAGAAGAAAGGAGCCAGUUAGGAAACAAGAAUCACCUGAAGACUCUUCUAUGUCAGUGUGGACCUUGGUGACAAUCCUGCUUCAAGUCUUUGAUAAACAGCAGCUCUGAGGAAGGGUGAGUCUGUGCAGAAGAAAAAGCAAGGAAUGAGGUGCCGUGAAUGGAGCUUCGGUUAGAGGAAGGCACAGUCUCCUCUUCAAGCCAAAGGGAAUACAGCAGCAGCGGCAGCGGCUUCUCUGGAGACCUAAGUCUACUGGCUGUUAAUGAGACAUUGUACUUUUUCUUUUUUUAAGAUUUCAUCCAUCUAUUGUUUUAUCAAGAUUUUUAAGUAGUGAAAAAAUAGCCACAUGGCUUUGAGUGACAAGAAAAUCUACCCUUCUGACCCCUUAUCUUUUAUCCUGUAUCUGGCAACAUUAAGGGUUAAAUUACCCUUGACUCCACACUGGUGGGCCCUUACAUAGUCUUUGAUGAUCUUAAAGAGUGUUAGCCACCAAUGGCGUGAACUCUGGAGACCAGUAGCAGGGACAUAUUUGGAACCAAGCUAAGGCACUGAGCCCACUAAGGACUUUCCCCCUAGUCCACGGCAGUUGAUUCAACCGCCUUUAACAGACAAACUCUUAAACAAAUGCUGUAUUGUAUACGGGAAACUCCCUGUGUUUACAGACUCCGUCCUGUGUCCAGGCCACUUUUACGAAAAGAGUUAGUUAAUGGCCUCUUCAUUCCCAUUUUAAAGAUGUUUUUAAUUUCUGGUCCUCUUGCAAGAAAAACAGUGGUGAGUUAGAGUACUGGCAGCCAGUGCUGUCCUUUUGUGGUCUGUCUCUCUGUGAUGGCAUUAACACAGGUUGAAACAUUUCAUCUAUCACCCACCCCAUUUCUGGGCAUUCAGAAUCAGUUAUCAAACACUGGUUCCUGAAGGCUAAAUGUUUUUAUGCAUAUUGUCUUUCUAAUCCCAGGGCAUUUAUUUCCUGUGUCAUAAACACUUGGUGAUCUUUAUCAAGUGGUGAGU